AUGCAGGUCAAUAUUGAUGAAAUUUGUGAUUCAGUGAUUAGAAUGAGUGGUAACGAGCAGUCACGAUCUGGCUCCGGCAAUGGAAUCGGCAAUGGCAACGGUGAGGGUAUUCCAGAUGAUUUACGGUGCAAGAGAUCGGAUGGUAAACAGUGGAGAUGUACUGCAAAGUCCAUGCCGGAUAAGACUGUAUGUGAGAAGCACUACAUCCAGGCGAAGAAACGGGCUGCUAAUUCGGCUUUCCGGGCGAACCAGAAGAAAGCGAAAAGGAGAUCCCCAUUGGGCGAGACUGAUACAUAUUCGGAAGGGAAGACGGAUGAUUUUGGGAUACCUAUGAACAGCAUUGAGGACUAUGGUAACGGUCUUGCCUCCGCUUCCAAGAAUAAUAGUAUUAGAGAGAAGAGACCUAAUAAAAGCCUGAUUCACUCGUGUGAGACACCAAUAUCGAGGAAUGGCUCUCCACGUGUUGCAGUGGAUUUGAACGAUGAUUUGGCUGGAGAUGCUGGAAUGUUUGAAGAGCCCCACAGAUCCUAUAGGGCAGCACCAUCUGCUUCUAUAAUGGACCCGUCACGCAACAGAUCGCUCCAAAGCAUGAGUCCGAUGGAAUACUCAACAGAGAGUACAGAUGUGUCUGCAGAGUCCUUGGGGCAAGUUUGCCAUCAAUGCCAAAGAAAAGAUAGAGAUAGAAUAAUUUCGUGCCUCAAAUGCAAUCUAAUAGCCUUCUGCGACACUUGUAUAUCGACAAGGUACUCGGAGAUAUCACUUGAAGAAGUCGAGAAAGUAUGCCCUGUUUGUCGUGGUUUGUGUAAUUGCAAAUCUUGCCUGCGUUCUGAUAAUACAAUAAAGGUACGGAUCCGGGAAUUAUCCGUUUUGGACAAGAUGCAGUAUCUUUAUCGUCUACUAUCUGCUGUCCUUCCAGUGAUAAAGCAGAUCCAUCUUGAUCAAUGUACAGAAGUAGAACUAGAGAAGAGGCUUCGUGGAGCUGAGAUUGAUCUUGUCAGGGCAAGAUUGAAAGCAGAUGAGCAGAUGUGCUGCAACGUGUGUCGGAUACCAGUUGUUGACUAUUACCGUCAUUGUUCUAACUGCUCGUAUGACCUAUGCCUGCGAUGCUGUCAAGAUCUACGCGCAGAGUCUUUGGUUGAGAUUAGCGGGACCAACCAAAUUAUAAAAGACCAAACAGACGUUCCGAAACUAAAACUAGACUUUUCAUACAAGUUUCCUGAGUGGGAAGCCAACGGUGAUGGGAGUAUCCCCUGCCCUCCUAAGGAGUAUGGAGGUUGCGGUUCCCGGUCUUUGAAUCUUGCUCGCAUUUUCAAGAUGAAUUGGGUUGCAAAACUUGUGAAAAAUGCAGAGGAGAUGGUUAAUGGCUGCAAGGUAUCUGAUCUUCAGAAACCUGAAUUGUGUGACUCCAGAUUUUGCAAAUUUGCUGAGAGAGAGGAGAGCGAUGACAACUUCGUGUACAGCCCAUCGCUUGAAACAAUUAAAUCUGAUGGAGUAGCUAAGUUUGAGAAACAAUGGGCAGAGGGUCGGCUUGUUAUUGUAAAAAAGGUACUUGAUGAGUCAUCUUUCUCUAGAUGGGAUCCUGAGACUAUUUGGAGAGAUAUAGACGAGAUUUCAGAUGAGAAAUCGAGAGAAGAUGAUCCAUUCUUGAAGGCCAUAAAUUGCUUGGAUGGGUCAGAGGCUGAUGUCAGACUUGGAGAGUUUACAAAAGCAUAUAGAGAUGGAAGAAACCAAGAGACUGGUCUUCUUCCGCUAUUGUACAAGUUAAAGGACUGGCCGAGCCCAAGUGCUUCUGAGGAUUUCAUUUUCUACCAAAGACCUGAGUUUAUCAGAAGAUUUCCAUUCCUGGAGUACAUACAUCCCCGGUUAGGCCUUUUGAACGUUGCAGCCAAGUUGCCUCAUUACUCGCUCCAAAACGAUGCUGGUCCAAAGAUUUAUGUGUCUUGUGGGACAUACCAAGAAAUGGGUGCUGGUGAUUCAUUGACUAGUAUUCACUACAGUAUGCGCGACAUGGUUUACCUCUUGGUGCACACAUCUGAAGGAACAAAAUUCGAAAGGGUGAGAGAGACGAAACCCGGUCCAGGAGAAACCGACGAGAAGAUGGGUGAAAAUGAGUCACUUCCUAGUCCUGAGGAAAAAUUAAAGGAUGGAGAGUUGCAUGAUCUAACACUUAGUAGUGUAAAUACGGAGCAGAAUGAAUCUGAGAUGAUGUUGACUGUGAAUCCAGAGAACAUAACGGAUCACGGUCACAACUUGGAAUCUUCUUGCACGUCAUCAGGUGAAGGAGGAGCCCAGUGGGAUGUCUUUCGACGCCAAGACGUCCCAAAGCUAGCCGAGUAUCUGCAGAAAACAUUCCAGAAGCCUGAUAGUUUUAAGACUGAUUUUGUGUCAGGCCCGUUGUAUGAAGGAUUGUACAUAAAUGAGCACCACAAGAGACAACUAAAAGACGAGUUUGGAGUUGAGCCAUGGACGUUUGAGCAAUGUCGCGGUGAGGCUAUCUUCAUUCCGGCUGGAUGUCCGUUCCAAGUCCGGGAUCUUCAGUCGAAUGUUCAGGUGGCACUCGACUUCUUGUGCCCUGAAAGUGUUGGAGAGUCAGCAAGACUAGCUGAAGAAAUCCGGUGUUUACCGAACGACCAUGAGGCCAAAAUUCAGAUUCUAGAGAUUGGAAAGAUAUCGUUAUACGCAGCUAGCUCAGCGAUCAAAGAGGUUCAGAAACUGGUCUUGGAUCCAAAAUUUGGAGCAGAGCUUGGUUUUGAGGACCCAAAUUUAACAAAAGCAGUGUCUCACAACUUGGACAGGGCAAUGAAGCGGCCGCAGCAAAUCAGCUGCACUUGA